GUGCUGGCGCUAAGUUUCAUGUUUUUACUUCUUGCUGUUGGCAAUAUUGUCACGACGAGCCUGGUGCUUCUGAAGAAACUGCGUUCCACUGGCUCGUACAAUUACAUCGUUGGUUUAACGGAGAAAUAUCGUUCGAGAUCGAAUUCGAAGGACGAAUAA